CAUACUUUCUCCGCCUUUGGCAAUAUUAAAAAUCACACAGAAGUCGUAAAACGUUCCACGAAGCGUACACCACGCUUUCAAACUGUAGGGCAGGGCCACUAAAAUCAGCUCAACAAUAAACUUGACUGACAUCCCGAAAUGAACAACAAAUACUAGUCCGAUUAAAGAAGGGGUCCUACCGUUUACACUUCACCACCGGACUUCUCAAAGCUAACAUCAACCAACUCACUUCCUCGUCUUCUCCGUCCGAAAUCUUUUCUUCUUCUUCCUUAAUUUCUCCAUUGAAGCUUGACAUUUGAAAAUCCCACACUUUCAUUUGAAAGGCUAAUUGUUCAUUCGACGUUGCCGGGGGAAUCGAAGAAUCAAAGCAAAUGGCUUCCCUCUCAUUCUCUUCCUCACUCUCAACGCCGGCCCAAAUCAGACGCCUUGCCUCCCUCCCUCCAAGGCCGCCGCGUAAGCGCAAUUCAAUCCCGGCGGUUCAAGCCAAGAUCCGGGAGAUCUUCAUGCCGGCUCUCAGUUCCACCAUGACCGAGGGCAAAAUCGUUUCCUGGGUUAAAUCGGAAGGGGACGUUUUGUCCAAGGGCGAGGCCGUCGUCGUCGUUGAAUCCGAUAAGGCCGACAUGGACGUCGAGACUUUCUACGACGGGAUUCUCGCCGCCAUUGUUGUUAACGAAGGUGAAUCGGCUCCUGUUGGCGCCCCGAUUGGGCUUUUGGCUGAGACCGAGGAAGAAAUUGCGGAAGCCAAAGCCAAAGCUCAGUCUCAAUCUCAGCCUGCCGCCUCAGCUGCCCCUGCCGCCCCGGCUCCACCGGCGCCGAAAGCGGAGACUAAGGCCGCAGCACCGCCUCCUCCGCCAGCUCCCGCUGAUGGGCCGAGGAAGAUAGUGGCGACUCCCUUUGCCAAGAAGUUGGCGAAACAGCAUAAAGUGGAUAUUAACAAGAUUGUUGGUUCGGGGCCUUUCGGUAGGAUUACGCCCGAGGAUGUGGAGAAAGCCGCUGGAAUUGCACCAUCGAAGCCUUCUACCCCAGCUGCCUCCCCUGCUCCGGCUCCUGCUGCAGCUGCUGCUGCUCCGGCGAAAGCACCGGCAGCAACUAGCUACCCUGAGAUUCCAGGGGCUACCGUUGUGCCGUUUACAACAAUGCAGGCUGCGGUUUCGAAGAACAUGGUGGAGAGUCUCUCUGUGCCCACAUUUCGGGUUGGAUAUCCCAUAUCUACUGAUGCACUUGAUGCCCUUUACGAGAAGGUUAAGCCUAAGGGUGUUACAAUGACUGCAUUGUUGGCCAAAGCUGCAGCCAUGGCUUUAGUUCAACACCCGGUUGUGAAUUCUUCUUGUAAAGAUGGGAAGAGUUUUACAUACAACAGUAACAUAAAUAUUGCCGUUGCUGUGGCUAUUAACGGCGGGCUGAUCACCCCCGUUCUUCAAGAUGCGGAUAAGUUGGAUCUUUAUUUAUUGUCACAAAAAUGGAAAGAAUUGGUAGAGAAGGCUAGAUCAAAGCAGCUUCAGCCCCAAGAGUAUAACUCAGGGACAUUCACACUAUCAAAUUUGGGCAUGUUUGGAGUGGACAGAUUUGAUGCAAUUCUUCCCCCAGGCCAGGGUGCUAUAAUGGCAGUUGGUGCAUCGAAGCCUACAGUUGUAACUGAUGCAGAUGGGUUCUUCAGUGUUAAAAAUAGGAUGCAAGUGAAUGUUACUGCUGAUCACAGGAUCAUCUAUGGUGCUGACUUGGCUGCAUUCUUACAAACCUUCUCCAAGAUUAUUGAGAAUCCUGAUAGCUUGACCAUGUAGAUCAAUAUUUAGGUUCGCCAAGAGAAGUUGUUGAUUUUCCCAGUCGGCAACAAGGUUUGCAGGAAUUUCAAUAGUUUCAGCAUUGUUUGGUUUGUUGUACUUUAUUCAUACUAUUUAGCUAGUGGGGUUGCGGUUAAUCCACUAGGAGCAUUUUUGGGGAGAAAGUAUCAAAACAUCAUAGUACCUUGAGUUUUAAUGGACAAUUUCUGCUACACCCAUUGGUGAUGUUGCUGCUAUAGAGUACAUUUUUACACUUCUGCCAAUCUUCAUAAUAACAUAUUGACAUUAUUCUGAAGAGAAAGUUAAUGUAAACAAAACAAACUCCACAAGGAAAAUCUUCUUCACUUAAUCUCUUAAGGAAGAAUAAUAUCAAGUUACAUAACCCUAGGUAUCUACAAAAUCAAACUUAAUCCUGCUAUGGCUAUCUGCUGUUUCUGUCUAGAGGAUCAUUGGCCAACCCAGACUAAACCCUAACUUUACUGACACUGGAAGUGAUAAAUUGAUGCAUUACAGAAGGUUGAAGGCAACUAUAUCUAUCUCAUUAAUGUUCAAAGAACUUUCUGUCAUAAUCAAGUUUCACCAGCUUUACACUGCAUAAUUGCUUGAAGAAGGUUGAAAGUUACUCCAAAAUGAGAGUUCUACUUCCCCGUGAAUGGGGAAUACGAUCUCGUCUCACCAAUCCAAACUGAUGUUUCGCGAAGUAUACAGCAUGUCAAUGUACUCUAUAACUGGACUAGAGGCCUUUAUGUAUCUUCUCAUUGCUUUCUCUGCCGAUUCAUCUGUGAUAAUAACUUUCAUCAAGAUUUGGUUCCACAAUAUAAAUGCUAACCAACAGAAGUACGCGCACAAGAGAACAGAGAAAAAAACUCACCCGUUUCAUUUAGCCUCUCCAGAAGUUGAUCCCUUGUUGGCAAGGCACACAUCCCGGCCGAAACAGCAGUCCUUACUGGCCAUGUGUGAUACGGCGCACAAACUUUCCCAUAAGCUACUGAAGCUGCUUCUUUCAGAGAACAAAAUCUGGAACAGGAAACAACAGAAAUAUCAGCUAGUUGUCUAGGGAAAAUGUCAACCUGACAAUGCAGUAGAGCGAAAACAAAAAAAAAAAAAACGUACUCUGGUGACAAAAAGUUCUGAAAGAUGGCUCUAACAAGAUCAAGGCCCUGUCUAACCCUCCUUAAUUUACGCGAGAGGCUUCCAGGACUUUUCACCGUGUGAGUUUCAAGAUCAGUAUCGAUUAUGUUUGACAGAGUCCCAUAAGUCUCGGAUGCAUCCUCAAGAUCCCGUAACUGAACCAAAUCAUUGGAUCCAUUAAUGUUAAUUCAUCGAAAAGCAAAAGAUACAGAUCAAAAUUCACCUUUUUCCCCCAACAAAAUUCUGCAGUCAACCGAAUUUUCACAUUGGAAAAAAGAAGAUCCGGAAAAGACAGGAACAAUGAGAAAUACUACUAACCUUGGCAAUAUAUUCCAUCUCGG